GUGCGACUCAGUGCGCGAGCGGUGCGGUCGACGAUGCACGCGUAUAAAGCAUUAGUUCGUCAUUAGAAAUACAUCAUGGCAGAUUGGCCAAUGCUGGAGUGCGACUAUCACAAUCGGUACGAUUCCUAUCAGUACAACUACUAUCAAGAGAAGGAUGAGCAGCCGUUACCCUCACAGUGUCUGCAAACGCAAGCGCAACCCUACCGUAUGCCGUCACCUACUCUCACCCUACUACUAUCCCCACCGCCUCCCGAGCAAACAUCGUCAUGCACCUAUAAGCCUGCCUCCAUAGGAGAAAGUCCCAGGGAAGUCAGAAACAAAGCUGAGAAACAGCGACGGGAUAAAAUGAACCAGUCCAUAUCACGUCUAGCAACCAUUGUCCCAACCGUCGUAAGACCCGGUCGAAAAUUAGAUAAAACAAGUAUAUUGCGGCUAACAGCGCAUUACUUGCGCUCCCAUCAACAUGUAUUCGGAAAUAGCAUCGAUCGCUCCCCAGAAUUCAGCAUGCAGUUUAUACAAGGACUUUUGAAAAAUCUGAAAGGCUUCCUCAUCACUAUCACAUAUAAAGGAUUAGUUGUCGUUGUGUCUCCAAAUGUUCAAGAAUACCUAGGAUAUUCCGAGGUUGAACUUCUUGGUCAAAAUAUUUUAAAUAUCAUCCAUGAAGACGACCAUCAACUCUUAAGAGAACAGAUUUACCCUAGAAGUUGCACUCUAGGAUCAAACGGGGAAUUAUUACUACCAAGGGAAUCAGAAGCUGAGAAAAAGGUUAUGAAAAGCUUGAUUAAUGAAAAACGCAAUUUCAUUUUAAGGUUCAAAAAAAUGACACAGCAGCGUUCUAAUCCGCCUGAAUACAUCACAUGUCACGUGGAAGGGUCUUUAAGAAAAUCAGAUCGAGCCGGGGUUUAUUUUGACAGCAUUGUUCACAUCGGUCGUCGGGUUCGGGCAAGAGGAGAAAAUCCAUUCGCUAGUGGAAAUGAUGUAGUAUUCAUUGGCAUGGUAAGACCUACAACAGAGACUUUUAUAACAGAGAGUGGUCUCGAGUCUUUUAAGAUGGAGUAUCGAACUCGACAUUCUAUAGAUGGCGAGAUAAUACAGUGUGAGCAACGCAUUGCUCUUGUCACAGGCUACAUGACUCAUGAAGUGAAUGGAGUUAAUGCAAUGAACUUUAUGCAUAGAGAUGACGUUCGCUGGGUGAUCAUCGCAUUAAGGGAAAUGUACGACAAACAUCGCUUGGUCGGUGAAUCAUGCUAUCGAUUGAUGACAAAAAAUGGUCAGUUCAUAUAUAUGAGAACCCUUGGCCAUCUAGAUGUAGACCAAAACUCCAAAGAAGUAACCAGCUUCGUAUGCACGAACACUGUUGUCGCGGAGCACGAAGGCAAGAAACUUAUAAAAUUGAUGAAGAAGAAGUUCACUCUAAUGAUCAAUAACAACGAAGCUGUUAAAGACCUUGAAGACUCCGAGGUUAAUGAUAAAAAAAAUCUACCUGUAGAAGAUCCUAGACAACUUGAAAAAGUUAUAUUGCAUCUGGUGACAAAUUUACCGUCGUUUAAAUCAGGUGAUAUUUUUCAACAGUCAACAUAUAAUGGUGAAAUAUCUCCUCCAGAAUUAGCUAUCAUACCCCCAAGGAAAGAAAAAAUUCAAAAGGCAAUUGAGAGAAGUUACAGCCUUAUUAAAAAUCUUCGAGACUCUGAAUCAUCCAAAAAACAGUCCCCAAUGUUUAAUCACCAUCAAUCAAACGAACCGUUAGAACCGAAAGAACCAAUGAAACUUAUGGACACAUUGGAACACCUGGAAUCUCUUGAACUAAAAGAGCCACUUAGAGAAGAAACUCAUACAUCAGCUUUUGUCCCAGUUUCAACAAAAUGUAAUAGUUUAGUUUUAUAUCGUCCGAAUCCUUCAAAUGCAUUUGCAUCCAGAAAUCAUCCGAGUGUUCAAGAAAAUAAUAAUUUACAAUUUCCAAAUGUAAGUGAAAUAGAGAAGACUCUCCCAAUGGAAUAUAUAGCUUACCCCGGUGCACCACAUGGUUACAAAUCACACAACAUCCCAACACGAGUGGUUUCAGCCCCAAUUCCAACACCAGAGUCAAGUUUUAUGCCUAUUCCAGAAACUGUAAUAAGAAUGACUACCAAAACUGACCCAGAACCGUUGAGAAUGACUCCAGAACUAUCACCCGUCAUCUCUCCUGAUUUUGAUCUUGACUAUGAAGCUACUCAAAAAAUUCUUGAAGAUUUCUUUGAACUCGAAAAAAAAGAGGGGAGCCCUAAACCAAUCCAAUUUGUCAAAAGCCCAUUUGAAAAUCUUUUUCCACCUGUCGGUCCUAAUGGCGACAACCAAGCUUUUAAUUGUUUCGGCGAACCAACGCCAAGCACAUCGGGAAUUAAACGACACUUUGAGGAUUUCGAUGACGAUACAAACUUGGAUGAUUCUAGUUUGUCUGAAACAUUCAAAACACCACGUCAACCAAAAAAGUAUCAAACAAAAAAACUUAAAAGAUCCCAAACUAGUGCGGAAUAUGAAAUUGAGAAACUUAUUUCACGCUUAAAUAAAAUUACUGAUAAUCGUCUUUUAGAACAAGCGACGUCUUUUAGCAAAUUUUGGAAGAAUAAAAAAUUAUUCUCGAUAAUACGAGAUGUUGAAAGAUCUCGUGGUAUCCGGAUAAGAAAUUGCAAUAAAACUAUCGGCGAAACUCAGUACAGUGAUAACUCUGAGAAAGAAGAUGGAAGUAUUGAUGGUUACAUUUGCUAAUUAUGGAGAUAACCAAGGUACUACUUAAAAUCAGUGAAUGAUAACGCUUCCUGGGUUACAGUAAACAAAGAAUUUUAAUUAAAUAAUUUCCAUUGCACAGGCUCUGCUGACUCGAACAUUUUUAUUUUAUUUUUGCGUGUGGUCUGAAUAGCAAAACAAAAUAAAAUAAUUUUUGUAAAUAUGAUAAUUUGUAUAAAAAUCUGAUGGCGCAAUAUAUGAUAUUAGCUUCAAUAUGUUCAGAAAAAGUCGUGGUUUUUGCCAUAUUAUUGAGACAAUAAAUCAAAAGUUUGUACUUAGGUUCUCUUUUUUUUUAGUAAAUAAGUUAAUGUUUUUUAUGUAUCUUUGAAUACAGUGUCUCUUACUUUUAAUAUAGGACUAUUUUUAUUUUUAUGAAAUAUAUUUAAAUUCAUUGUUACACAAUUUGGUAAUAUACUUUAGAGGCGUUUUAUAUUAUUUACAUAUAGCAUUUUUAUAAUAUUUAUAAUAGAUUUUAAACAGUGUAUAAUCAAAUAUCAAUUAUUAUUUUUUUUAUUUUGUUUGUGAAGCGAUUUUUCCUUUCUUUGUGAGCAUCUAUUUGCGAUUUUUGUCGGUAACAUCGAAGCGAUAAAUCUAACCUUCUGUAUUAUAACGAUUAAAAUUAUAACUAAAACAUAUAUCUCGAAUUUCAAAAAAAUUUAAUAAAUAAAAAUUUAAGUUCUACAAUUUUUUGUAGUGUGGAGUAACUUUACCCAAGGUUAGUUUAAUUUAAUAUUAUAUUCCGUAUAAAAGGCUUGCACCCGGGAAAUCCAUUCUUUAUUUAGGCAAUAUUAGGACAUAGAUUUAAUUUUGAAAGACUGAUUUUUUUAAUCAACGAGCCUUAUGGACAUGUAAGCAUUUUUUUAAACUAAAAUUAUGUUUUUGUUAUAUCACGUCCACUUUAUUAUUUAUUGAUAUUUACAUACAAACUAAAUCUAUAAUAGAUCUGAAUGACAUGGAAAUGACAUGGAAAUUAAAAAAGAGCUUCACUCGAAAUUUAUACAGGGGUUUUUAUUUAUAAUAAAUCUUUUUCAAAAUAAUCAUAAUGAAAUUUAAUUUAUUUUUAUACGUUCAAUAAAAUUUCCUUUAAAAAUGUUAGGACUCGUGGUAAUAAAGUAAGAUUUAUUUCACAUUAAAAUUAAAUAAUAUGAACUAUUUUUAGACAAUUUAUUAAAGGCUUACCUAAUCCAGUCUCUUUUUUCUUUACUGCUCAAUAUCAAAGGUUAAAUAUAUUAGUAUCUUUCUAUUUUAUAUCGCUUAAGUAAAAGUGUAAAAGUAGAUUAGUAAGAAUGUGAACCACAGUUUUAUCUGAAAAUAUAAUAAUGACAAACCCAUAUACAAGAAUCAUCUUAGAGUAUUUCAAAUGUAAAUAAAAGAUUGGUCUAUUCUUAGAAAUUUAUCUGUAGACGUCUGUCUGUAACUAGAAAUUUGAAGGUAUUUCGGUUUACCUUGAACUGUCAAAUAUGUGUAUUAUUGCUUGUCAAAAAUAUUUUUGAGCUUUAUAAACGUACUUACCAAGGAUUCGUUAUCAAUUAUAAAUUAAUUUGUACGACAGAAUUUUAUUUAAAAGUCUGUUAUAUUUUUUACAACAACGUAUUCUUUAACAAAAUUAUAUUUACAUCAAAAUACCCAUAGAAACAUUUCACAGAUUUUCUUAUUCAUAUGUAUAUCAAGUUUAGUAUCAGUUAAAAUAUAUGAGGCUAUUUAUAUAUUCAUUUUUAAGAACGCUUAAUUGUAACAGACAGUACAUUUUUAUAUUUUAAGUUAUCAGAUUUUUUGUAUCUUAAAAUUGUAUGUCUGUGCCUGUAAUAUAAGGGCUUUAAUAUUUAAUCACUUAUUAUUAUUAUGACCUAUUGUAACUCAGUGUCAUAUGUAGUCAUUGUAGUAUUUUUCUCAUGAAUAAAGAAUUUCUGUCA